AUGAGCCUCUGUGCAUGCUGGAUUCCUGCUGUCACCUCACUUGUCACCUUGAUACUCUACCCUCUCCUCUUGCUGGCCCUUUACACCAUGCUCAGCAGGAAAAUUGCCCAGCAUUCCUGCAGGAUGCAGGUGAGCAGCAGCCCUGGGGAGCAUCCCAGCCCUCAGCCCACCCCAGCUCCAGCCUCAGCACCGGGAGGGGACACGGCACAGAAACAACCUGGGGCACAGAAACAACCUGGGGCACAGAAACCACCCCCAGCCUAUGCAGGGAGCAGUGACACAUCUUCAGACACCUCAGAGGACUCAGACAACCCUUCCUGCCCUCAGGGCCGUGGCUCAGAGGAAAACAUCAAUUACACAUCCCUGGUGUUCCCAGGCCCCAAGCCACGCUCUGCCCAGGACUACGAGGACGUCAAGUCUGGGAUGGAUUAUGUCAACGUGGACCCAAAGAAGAGGAAAACACAUUUCUGGCCCUUCUCCAGCCCCAGGGCAUCCAAGGCUGUGGAGUACACCGAGGUGAAGCUGUGA